CGACGGAGAAGAAACCACCACCCGCAACGUCUUCCUUGUUUGAUCGCUCCCUCUACCUCUCUCUUCGCCACCCCACCUCGUUGCUUGCUUCUUACGGUGGAUACUGGUCACCCGUCCUUCGAUCACAGCGGUCCUCGUCUUCCUCCACUCAAAUCGAUCCGUUCUUUCUCGCUCUCCGUCGAUCGGUUGAUGCGAAGCACAAAGGGGAGAAAGAUGCGGCGUUUGAUUCUCGUUAUUCUCCUAAUAACAGGUUGUCUGAGUUCUGCAUUGUUGUUCACAAUUCUGGCGGUUGGCUUGGUAAUCCACAGAAUUGAAUGAUUACCGAGGGCUAGAUCAUUAGCUAUAUUUCUGAGUUACUCUCUUCCUUUUAUGGAGCACCUUCCUGUGGAAGUCAUUGGGAAUAUCCUUUCUCAUCUUGGAGCUGCUCGGGAUGUUGUUGUUGCCUCUGCAACUUGCCGGAAAUGGAGAGAAGCCUGCAGGAAGCAUCUCCAUACCCUUUCUUUUAAGUCAGACGACUGGCCCCGUGACAUCACCACCAGGCAGUUGGAGAUCCUCAUAACACAGACAAUAUUCCAAACAAUCGGUUUGCAGUGUCUUUCAAUUCACAUGGACAGCGCCCAUGAAUUCUCAGCUGCUCCAGUUAUUGCUUGGCUCAUGUAUACUAGAGAAACACUAAGGAGCUUAUCAUAUAACGUGCGCACAACACCUAAUGUGAACAUUCUAGAGAAGUGUGGUCGACAGAAGCUAGAGACCUUGGAUUUGGAUCAUAAUUUGAUUACCGGGGUUGAACCAAGUUACCAGCGAUUUACUUGCCUCAAAUCUCUUUCUCUAAGACAUAUUAAUAUCUCUGCCUUUGAUUUGAGCCUCUUGCUGGCUGCCUGUCCGAGAAUCGAGUCUUUGACACUUGAUGCUCUAGAAAUUGUCACAUCAGAUUCUCAAUCUUUAAUGGAGCUGAGCAGUCAAACAUUGAAGUGCUUAUAUGCGAAAUCAGUAGGUGUCGAUAAGAUUAUUUUGGAAGCAGAUAAUCUUGAGAUCUUGAACUUAAAUGCCUUAAAUCUUGAUUUUUUUGAGCUAAUUGGAAAGGGUACUCUUAGGCAUUUGAAGAUAGAUGAUGUUAGUGUCACUCAUUUGGAUAUCGGUGAGAGCAUGGAUCAUUUGGAGGUUGUGGAUGUGAGUAACUUUCUGAUUGUAUGGCCAAAAUUCUACCAUAUGAUAUCUAGAGCAUCUAAAUUGAGAAGACUCAGGCUAUGGGGAGUAGUGUUUGAUGAUGAGGAUGAGAUCAUUGAUUCAGAAUCUAUUGCUAUUUCUUUCCCACAGCUUAAGCAUCUUUCAUUGAGUUACGAAAUAAGGGAUGGGUUGCUCCAUUAUGGUUUGCGAGGCUCCUCAUCGUUGGGAAAUGUGGCAGUACUGGAACUGGGAUGGACUGUGAUAAGUGAGCACUUUGGGCACUGGGUUUUUGGAAUGAUUGAAAGAUGCCCGAACCUCAAAAAAUUAGUCAUUCAUGGUGUUCUUAAUGAGGCUAAAACUCGUGAAGAACGUCAGAUGUUGGCCAAUUUUACUUCAUUUAUAGUUUGUCUAAUGAGGAAAUAUAUUCAUGUUGAUGUGCAAUUCGAGUACGAGUAAUUUAUUGUAUGCCACAGAAAGAGUUUGGAUUUUUGUUUAUCUUGAGCUCGGGUGCAUGAAAUUGUAGGUAUAGUGUCUUCAUGUCGACUUGUAAUUGCUGAAAAUAUUUUCUCCUAAACACAUUAUGUAGAAACGUCACCCUUGGUGAGAGAUUGGAUAUAUAAAGUUAAACAUUAGCUUAGUCACUAAUUUCAUUCA